AUGGGGCUCGUUGGGGAUAUACUCAAUGAAUGGGAAAACGGAUGCUUUUACACAAGAGAAUACCUCUCCGAAGCCUUUGUCACCUUUCUCGCUGCCCUUCCACAAGUUAAUGAGACACCCGACGAUUCACGCUUUCUUCCAUUUCUUGAGGCCGGGUACAGGGCUUACUUGGAGGUAGUUCGUUUGACAGGUCAUACCAAUUCUCUUGUACACACGGCGUAUCAUCUGGCUAGACUCAUGCAUGGGGGUGCAGUGACUCGCAGCCAAGCACGGACUGCAUCAGAAGUGACACCUGACCCUCCAAAUCAACCAGUAGAAGCAGACGCCUCACAAGAGGAUGUCGUUGUGACGCCUGAUUUACCACAUGACACUGCCAAAGACAGAAAUGAUGGCAUGGAUUUACCAGAAGGGACGCCACAGAAGCGGUCGCGAGAGGACAGUGACACUGAAGAGGACGAAGAGGGACUGAAUGAUGACGAAGGAGGUGAAGAUGGACCUACCAUUGAAGUCAUUCAAUCUACCACACGCUAUCUGAGACGAUUUCAAUUAGAAUUCAGGGAAGAAAUUUUUUGCAUAAAAAACUUGGGGAACACGUUAAACAUUCAUCAAAACCUUGUCAAUUUAUUUGACACCAUGCUAGAGAGACAGAAAAAAGCAGUCAAUGCGAAGAAAGGAGACAGUUGCAUUGUAGAGGUGAGGGGGAGUGAAAGUUUGGCUACCCCCGUUUGGUUCUCAUUACGUCUCUGUGAACAAAUAUCAGGGCAAGUAAUUUUAGACAAAAUUGCACACGUUCUGAACAGUAAUCAGAGUUUCAUGACCGAUGGAACACUACAUUUCUCAUACAUUCACGUACCACAACCAGAAGCUGGGGGUAAUAGGACGAUCCGUCCUAAUGAAGACAUGGAACAUUUUAUCCUGAGAAAAACACAAUCUGCAUCACUUUUUGAUCCAAAAAAUACUGACAAACUCUGUUUAACACGAUGUGCUGCAGUUUGCAUGGCUUACGGAACAAUGAAAAAUUACACCUUUAACAGGCUGAAGAAUCCCAAAUCAAAGACUCAGACUGACAUGGCUAAAAAAUUAUGUGCUGAUGCAGACAUUGACGAAAACUCAGAAUGUGGAAUUGAUGAAAUUAAGAAACUUCAAAACUCGCUACCUGAUCACAGAAUAAUCGUGUUCGUUGACAGGCAGGGAAAGGAAAUAAUUUUCCACGGGCCUAUCUCUACUCAAGCUCACCCACGGAAGAACAUUUACUUGCUCUUACAUGAGGGACACUUUUAUGGAAUUCUGCACAUCCUUGGCGCUUUUGGGUUCCGCUAUUUCUGUGAGAACUGUUUGGUCACAGCUACUAGUAGAAAUGAUCAUAAAUGUUUUAAUAGCUGUUGGAGAUGUGGGUCCACUGAGUGUCACGACACUCUUUCUACUUCAUUGCAAAAAUGCAAAGACUGUUGUCGAUAUUUUGCUGGAGAUGAAUGUUUCAAAUAUCAUGUUACGGAAAAGGUAUACACACACGAUCGAACAACUUGCCAAGUUUUAAAGUUCUGCUCAAAAUGUGAAAAAACCGUCCACUUGGGAACCAGGGGAAAGGGAAAAGCCCAAAAACACAAAUGCGGAACAAUUUAUUGUACUUCUUGCAACCUCAUGGUUUCUGAGAACCAUUACUGCUAUGUUCCACCUUGGGAGCCUAAGCCUUUACCCAAAAACACUCGACAAAUAAGAAUCUAUUUUGAUAUAGAAACAAGUGCUUCAGAUCAAUUUGAGGACAAAAAUAAUUGGAUGGAACACAAACCUAAUGUGUUGAUCAGUCACCAAGUUUGCAACCAAUGUGAACACAUCAAAGAACUGGAACAUAGCUGCCUCAAUUGCGGUGAACGAGAACAGAUAUUUGAGUCUAUUGGAGAUUACUCAGAUGAAAACGUGGUUGGACAAUUUUUAGCUUACUUAAAGCAACUUUGUUCUGAAGAGAAAACAGAAAUCAUCUGUUUUUCACACAAUGGGAAAGCCUUUGACACUUAUUUCAUUUUACACGAAUGUCUCAGAAGAAAAAUGCAACCACAAGUCAUUUUAAACGGGGCAAAAAUAAUCAGCUUAAAAAUUGAUAACAUACAAUUUAAAGACAGUCUCAUGUUUGUUCCUCAGAAAUUAAGUUCUUUACCAAAAGCUUUUGGUCUUGAUGAAUUACGAAAGGGCUGGUUCCCUCAUCUUAUGAACAGAAAACAGUUUUAUUCUUACAAUUCUUGUAUGCCCGACAAGGAACUAUACUGCACAUCCACAAUGACAGCCAAAGAGAAACAGGAAUUUGAACACUGGUAUCAAGAACAAGUAGACAAAAAUUACAUGUUUAAUUUUAAAUACGAAAUUUUAACGUACUGCCAGUCAGACGUAGAUAUUUUGAGACAAGCCAUGGAAAGCUUUAGAACUGCUUUCAUGGAGAUAAGUGGAUUUUGUCCUCUCUAUCAGUGCAUAGCCUCAGCUCUUGUUGCAUGA